CACAGAAUUAUUUCACACACACAGUUUUAUUUUUAGAUCAUGGCUCUGAUGCUAACUAAUCUCUUGCCAAUUGGUCCCAUAUUGCCUGUGGACCCGUCACACUGUGACGUCACGAGAGGAAGAUCCCGUCCAUCCCCCCGCUGGAGGGCAAAAGACUACUCACCAGCGAUUACUAGCAUUAGUUUUAGCUUUUAGGUUUUCAACAUAAUGCGCCAAAUCUUAAAUGUACACCUGGAUAUAUGAAAGAAAAAGGGACGCAGUGCUUUGCUACUAUUUGUCAAAACUGGGACAACUAGAUAAGAUCAGGAAAAUGUUUUAAUUAAGAAAAAAAUUACACAAAGAGGGAAGUAGCUCAGUUAUGCUAGCUUGACUUUGACAACCGCAACAUUUAGAUGUGCUGCAGAAUGUUUCGGUUCAAUUAAAAAAUAAUUAUAAAAAGAAACUAAACACCAACUCUGACAGGUCAGUAGGGCAGGUAUUUAAAUUAACCAACCACUGCAGUGUUAGCCUAGCUAACAGCAGGUGCAGAGAUCACUUCUUAAUCUUAACUGUUUGCUGUAGAACAGCAAUGAAUUCUGGGUACAGAAUAAAGAUCGUUUGCUAAGUCAGGGCAUGAGUGAGAGGAAAUGCAAGUGCUUUGUAAACAGUCUUCAAAAUAAGAGCAUGAAUAUAAACAUCUAACUGCUUAAAGAAUUUUUAACAGUAGAAAACUGAAACUUCAACAAAGAUGUCAAACAUUUUUCAACUGAAAGUUUACAGAACAGCCACUUACCUGAGAGCCUUAGGAUUUAUCUGAGAACGUUUAUUUGGAGGAAGCUAAGAGAGCUAAAUGUUUUCAAGGUUAGCUGAAGCGCUGGAUUAAAAAUUAGUGCUACCAUUAGCUGAUUAGCAUAAGUGUGCCCUCCACUUGAUUGUAUUAUUUACUUAAGUUUAUUUUUUUCUUGAAGUUUGUUCACCUAAUAUAUAAUUAGACAACAUAUUCUGAAAAUGAUGUGGCAUUACAAGGAAAGAAAAACUUAAAAAUGUCCAUUUUAAUUAUAACAUUUUGUGACUAUUUAUGCAACCCAUGUUUAGAUGCUUAUUUGUAAUAAAACUAAACAGAGAUCAAGAGCUAGCUGCUACCGCUGCAUGCAUUAUGUGGAAACUGACCUCUGACCAGUUAAACACAAACAGGAAGUACUCCACUAAAAGAUUACAUAAACAAACUCUACAGUUUGCACCUCCUCAGAGGAACGUUUUCAUCAUAUAAAGUUUAGAUUUAACCGAAACAGCAAAAAGAGGAGCAGUCAAAUUAAUAAUGUGUGACAGUGGGACCUCCAUCUCUGAGUCCAGGUGAAGUUCAGCAGCUGAUGUGCAGCUGUGACCCUCACAGAGCGGAGAGCCGGGUCUUCAGUCACGUUGUGGCAGCUUCAGAGACCGAACACCUCCGAGAGUCAGGUUAGGCUCCGCUCCAGCAUCAUUAGUCACACCUCAUUAAUUCUCCUCCGGAUCGCAUGGUGACGAAAUCAGGUCGGUAUAAAGGCGGCACCUGCAGCGCCGGAGACCCAGAGGAGAGCGGCAGCAGCAAGGAGAGUCAUCACAGAGAGGAACGACUGGAAACCGCCACAGGAAGAAGAAAAUGCAGCCACAUUUCUCAGUUUGCUGGUUUUCUCUGCUGCUCAUUAAUUUCAUAGGAGCUAAGCCCAUUUCUGACAUGCAGAGUUUGCAGCAGCUUUUGGAGAAUGAAAUCAGCAACUUUCCCGUCUCCUCUGAGGAGGCGCCGGUGGAGGACAGCGACUUGGGCGCAGACAGGUCUGUGCUUGGCGCUGUGGAGCAGCGGGAGCCGUGGAGCACCGCCGACCGCCGCAGAGCCGCUCCGCUGGCCAGAGACAACGCGCUGGCGCAUUUCCUCAAAGACAUCAUGACCACCUCCAAGCGUUCGUGGAGCCGAUACAAGAAGGGCGGCCUGAGGAGCUGCUUCGGCGUCCGCCUGGAGCGGAUCGGCUCCUUCAGCGGAUUGGGGUGCUGAGGUCCGUCCUCCAGAGACGUUCCAGAUCGCCGCAGCAGUUACUGCUCCCAGAUUUAUUCCCUUUCAUUGUGUUUUCUAAAAUGAAAGCUGCUGAAUUCUAAUUUAUUGUUUGUGUAUUUAUUAUUUAUCUUUCUGUUGGAUAAAGUCAAGUUGCCUUGUGAUAUUCUGUAUUGGAGUAAAAUCAUUAUUUUGCAUAUAAAUGUUGAUUCACUGGUUAUUUGUGGGAACAGCUAUAUGCAGCAUUAUGCAGGAUUCAGUACAAAUAAAGAGUUUUAAUUAGAUUUAUUUUUAGCAUCAUCAGAUCUUAUUAACUCAUCUGAAGCUGAGGGAAACUCUGAUCACACUGACAACAUAACAAACCAGAAAUAAUCCAAAAUUAACCUGAUCACAGUUUAUUUUCCUCCAUGUCAGUUACUAACGUGACAGA